AUGGUCGCUACAAACUCUGGACUAAAUGCAGCAUGCAGUGCGCAGAUCAAUACCACAUCCCCAGUAUCAACGGUAACCUCAGUGUCUCAUGAUGCACGCCACCACCCUGGUGGAUGCACAAUCCGAGACCCUACCGAAAGUGCUGUGUUGUCAUCGGGACAUCUUUCUUCGGCAGAGUCACUGUUGACAUGGUCGGUAUUUCUUGACCAUCCUGCUAUACUCAAUGAGACGGAAUCUUCAUUUCUAUCUCUCGAAUACGGGAGGUCACCUUUACGAAACAACCUUUACGCGAUCUUUCCGAGUUUGGGAUUGUCCGAAAUCAAAAGCAUGGUGACUGUCUUCCAACAGACAUACAAUUUUUGGUUCCCCACCAUGAGUUUGGAUGAUCUCAAAUUUGUUGAGAUGAGAAUACAUCAGGAGAAUCUGGAGCCUAGUUGUCAGUCGUGUCUUGCGUUGCUGGUCAUGGCUUUGAGUUGCGUUGGGGUGUCGGUGGUGAACGAGAAUAUGCCCGAAAACGAGGCUCAGCAACUGAAGUUGCAGGGGGCAUCAUGGUUCACAGCUUCGAUGAAGAUGUUACACUUGGCACACAUUGAGAUGAGCGUCGAAGCUUGCCAAUGCCUGUUGCUGACUGGCCUUUACUUUUCGUUCUUGCAAAGACCAUUGCAAACUUGGUCUUAUGUCAAUAGCUCGGCGACGCGCUGUCGAUUUUUACUUUCCUGUCCAUUUGACAACCCGGAAAGAGAUGACCGAGAACACAUCACCAGGAUAUUUUGGUCUUGCUUUGUCCUAGAGAGCAACUAUAUCUCAGAGUUGCCAUCACUUCCACAAAACUGCAAUGCUGAAAUCGAAUCAAUAAUAUCUCUCCCCGGCAAGUUUCACUCCCACGAAUCGAUAGAAGAGGAAGAAAGGUCAACUUGUUACCUUCUCGCAUCGAUAGCACUUCGCCGCCUCCUGAACCGAGCUCAUUACAUGCUCUAUGAUCGCGAUAUCGGUCUCCAAAUCAACUCUAAUCACUUCCCCUCGGUCAACCAAGAGCUCGCCAGACAAUUACAAGACUGGUAUCAAACACUUCCUCCAAGUCUUCACUUUCCCAACGACGAGAAGCCGGCCGAUGACCCACAGAGCGAGUACUUGAGACAAUGGUAUCUCAGCUGCCGUAGUGUGAUAUACCGACCGUACCUAGAAUGGGCACUCGCUAAUCCAUCGUGGAAUCUCAAUACAAACCAGCGUGUGCUUGAUGGCUGUCGUGUUGCCCUCGAUACAUGUUUGUUUAAAUUACGGUACCUCAAACAGGUGCCAUAUACCAUCAUGGUCGAUACUUGGCCAUGCUCGCUUUCACUCGCAACGGCGAUGUUGACUUUGAUGGGUGGCUUUUGUCACCCACAGUUAACCAGGCAGCUUCGUCAUAUUGCGUUGUUAGAGCUGGGCCCUCACCUCAAGUUACGCUUGGAGCGAUGGAUGACGAUCCAUGCUUCUUGUAUAUCACCCGGCGUGGAGAAAGCAUUGAGACUGAUCAUGAAUGCUCAUGAGUUCUUUGAGAGCAAAAGUACGGACUUUGAAUCUUCCCUGGAGGAAGAGCAACAUUUGUCUCCUUAUGCCCUUCGGAUGUUUCACGGAUAG